AGAGGCGCGGCGAUGGUUGGGCUGCCCCCGGCCUGGGUGGAUGUCUCCGAAGAGAUAUCUGCCAACAUGCAGCGGGCAAAGACGAAGAUGGCCGAGCUGGCUAAGGCGCACGCCAAGGCCUUGAUGCCGUCCUUCGGUGAUGGCAGAGAUGACCAGCGAGCGAUCGAGGUUCUCACGCAUGAGAUAACGGACCUGCUGAAGAGGUCAGAAAAAAAGCUGCAGAAGCUGUCCAUGAAAGACUCCUCAGAAGAUUCGAAUGUCAGAAAGAAUGUCCAGCGUUCCCUUGCUACGGACCUGCAAACUCUUUCGAUGGAGUUCAGGAAAAAACAGUCAACUUAUUUGAAGCAGCUUCGCCAACAGAAAGAGGGGCAAGAUGGUGUUGAUUUAGAAAUGAAUAUAAAUGGAUCCAAGUCGACAUUUGAACUUGAAGAUGAUGAAUUUGAGGAUGUGGGUUUCACUGAGGUUCAGAUGUCAAAACUUAAGAAAAGCGAAGCAUUCACUAGAGAAAGGGAGAGAGAAAUCGAACAGGUUGCCCAAUCAGUCAAUGAGCUUGCACAGAUCAUGAAGGAUCUUUCAGUUCUUGUGAUUGAUCAGGGAACAAUUGUUGAUCGGAUAGACUACAAUGUACAGAAUGUUGCGGCCUCAGUCGAGGAGGGCUAUAAACAGUUGCAAAAGGCUGAGAGGACGCAGAAGAAAGGCGGCAUGGUGAUGUGUGCCACUGUCCUCGUCAUUCUUAUCUUCAUCCUGAUAAUCCUCCUGGUUUUGAAGAAGAUCCUUUUCUGACUUAGCCCCCUCUUAUUACGGUCGUCGACGAACGCCUUCCAAGUGAACGCCAUUCACAUAUACUCUUAUGUGGGUAGUGACCGUGCAGUGCCGCCGCGUUGGAAAUUCAGAAAAGCCGCUGCCCAUUUGCGCCAUAAGCAAUGCGAUUUAGCGAUCUCAAAAGAUGGUUCAUCUGCCCGUGUUAGUAGUGGCUGGGCCAGCAGCUCCCUUGAGUCUUCCACAUUUUUUGCAGCACUGCUGAGUGUAGAGAUGUCGUAUUCAUACGGGUACCAUUUUUUCUUCAAAUGAAGGGUUCUGUUGAUACACAGUUUCACACCUACCUGCUUGUCUUGCAGCAACCAGGUCUGGUUUUGUAUGAUCUGUAUAAAGUUGUACCAUCAUCCAGUUAUUAGAAAUUGAAAAGUAGCUUCACCCUCUGUGCCGCCGUCACUAUUCUGUCUAGGUAUUGAAGCCACAUUUCAGUGUACCAGAAAAUAGCUCCCAUUCCUGUAUCAACUUUAUCUUUCCAUCUUAUAUUAUUGCUUUC